UUACGUAAUGUUUAGAGACACGGGCACAGAACCAAAAAAAAUAAGCCACGAACUAUUCACUACAGAAUAAAAAAACAAUAUUCGGUCAAAACCCUAGACAUCACGAACAAGAAAAAGAUCGCUCAUCAACUCCAUUUCCCAUUUCUAAUUCUCUAAAUUCUGUUUGUGAAUCAUUCAAUUCAGAGAUAAAUUUGGUUAGUCAACCAUAAUGGCGGGUCAUAGGAAUAGUUAUGGAAAGCGCUCUCAUUCUUCACUAUCUGAUUAUGACAAUAAUGGGUCUAGUAAGAGAAGACAUUCUAGCGGCGGCGGGGGUGGUGAUGAUAGAGAAAGUUUUGCCAUUGAUUCGAAAGAUACUGUGUAUAGAUAUUUGUGCCCGCUCAAGAAGAUCGGAAGUAUUAUAGGACGUGGCGGUGAAAUUGUUAAGCAAUUGAGGAUCGAUACAAAGUCAAAGAUUAGAAUUGGUGAGACGGUCCCUAAUUGUGAUGAUCGUGUUGUUACGAUUUAUAGUGCUAGUGAUGAAACUAAUUUGUAUGAAGAUACGGAGAAUUAUAUUUGUCCUUCUCAGGAUGCGCUCUUUCGAGUGCAUGAUAGAGUUAUUGCAGAAGAUAUGCACAGUGAUGAUGAAUCUGAUGAUGGUCAUCAAGUGGUUGCUAGGCUUAUUGUACCAUCUGAUCAGAUUGGAUGUAUCAUAGGGAAAGGUGGUCAGAUAGUUCAAAACAUUAGGAGCGAGACUGGCGCACAGAUUCGCAUUCUCAAGGAUGAACAUGUGCCUCCUUGUGCAUUGAGCACUGAUGAACUUGUCCAGAUCUCCGGAGAAAUUGCAGUUGUCAAAAAGGCUUUAUAUCAGAUUGCCACACGCCUUCAUGAGAAUCCAUCACGCACUCAGCACUUACUUUUUUCUGCCAUCCCUAGUGCAUAUGCUGCUACUGGUUCGCUGAUGGGUCCAACAGGCGCACCAAUAGUUGGAAUAGCUCCAUUGAUGAGUCCUUAUGGCGGAUACAAAAGUGACACUGGUGAUUGGUCUCGUUCACUGUAUUCAGCUCCACGAGAUGAGCUUUCUUCGAAAGAUUUUUCACUACGUAUGGUUUGUCCAACUGCAAAUAUUGGUGGGGUAAUCGGCAAAGGUGGUACCAUAAUUAACCAGAUUCGACAGGAAUCUGGAGCUGGUAUUAAAGUUGAUAGUUCAACAGCUGGAGAUGAUUGCUUGAUAACUGUUUCAGCUAAGGAGUUUUUUGAUGACCAAUUUUCUCCAACUAUUGAGGCAGCUCUGCGUUUGCAACCUAGAUGCAGUGAAAAAAUUGAAAGAGACUCAGGGCUCAUCUCAUUCACUACUCGUCUACUUGUGCCCACCUCACGAAUUGGUUGCCUUCUUGGUAAAGGUGGAGUGAUUAUAAAUGAUAUGAGGAAACUUACCAAAGCUAAUAUUCGCAUACUUGGAAAAGAAAACCUUCCCAAAGUUGCAUCUGAAGAUGAUGAAAUGGUGCAGAUAUCCGGAGACCUUGAUGUAGCCAAAGAAGCUCUCACGCAUAUAAGUCGCCGACUGAGAGCAAAUGUUUUUGAUAGGGAAAGUGCUGUGUCCACUUUUCUGCCAGUUCUGCCGUACCUUCCUGUCCCAACUGAUUCUGGAGAUAGCUUAAACUAUGAUAGCAGGGAUAGUAAAAGGCAUGGACGGGGGCAUACUUAUUCUAGUGGCUAUGGCUCUAGUGACUAUACUCCUAGUGAUAACUAUGGUACUUAUGGUAGUUCACAGAUGGGUAGUAGUGGAGGUCCGUAUGGAGCUUAUGGAAGCUAUUCUUCUGGACGUUCUAGUAGUUCUGGGUUAUCCAGCCAGAACCCUGGUUCUCGACGCAAAAGCUACUACUAGAUUUGGCAAUGGCUGUUUGCAGUGGAGCUGCAUUCUGAUGUUGUCCAAGUUGCCGGUCCGAUACUCCUCUUUUACCAUCAAAUCAGGUAGUAGGAUCUUUCCUUCUUGUACUUCUUUUCAGCUCUCGAUUGCACUAUUUCUUUUUUGACCAUCAUGUUUGAUUAAUUGUGAGAAAGGUUAUAUGUGUUUUCCUUAUAUCAUCAACCUUGUGAUUAACAAAUUUGACGGAAGUCCCAGAAACAACAAUCUCUCAGCAUUAUUCUGAUGCAUCAUGCUGGGCAGGGGAUUUAUGUCCCGCAUAGAACAAAGUUUAUAUCUUAAGCAGGUAAAACAGAAGUGGGCUAUUUUUAUGCAGAGAGUGAGCAGAUCCAGCUAAUUUGCUACAGUGAGUUAAUGUAUUUCGUACUAAAGUUUGUGCUGACUUGAGUAUUGCUUUCAAAGAUGAAAUAAAAUGGCUAGUUAGUGUUGGGUUCA